AUGUCUGAUAAAGAGUAUGGAGGGUUAGAGUGGGAUCAAUGGUGGCCUCGAUCGAGUAUAAAAAGGACGCUUGAUCUCCUCAAACUCGACUUUUUGUUCUUCAUCCAACAAGCUAUUCACUCCAACACAAACUCAACACUUUUUUAUAACCUUUUCGAAGUUUUCUUCACCAACAUCUUCAACAUGUCUCCCUGCUCUUGCUGUAACCACGCCGGCGCUUCUUGCACCAGCGACUGCUCUUGCUGCAAGCACUAAAUCCAUUAUUAUCCAAACCUGACAACACUUGGCUUACAUCACGGUUUCGUGACAAUGUCUCAUCGGAGUACAUUAUGAGGACGUCUCUGGAUCGGUCUCUCAUCAAGCAAGUCAGACAGACAUGGGAAUGGACAUAAUGAAAGAAAUGGUAUAACAUGCGGAUAAAUAGCUGCGACGGCCACUUUUCGAUGGUAGCGCAUGGUAGAUACCAAAUUGGAGCUUGCAUACAUUGAACUAGUGUUUGAUCACUUGUGAUGUCUUGACUCGCUAUUGACCGAAUCUUUUGUCGUUAUACUACU